AAGUUCAUUAACAAGUAUGAUCUGGGGUCUUUCCCUGCCGAAGUUGUUUUGUCCUUUGGUAAUAUUUAUCGGCUGUUGAUCUUCACUGACGAAAUGCAGAUACUUCCACCCAUAUAAGCCUAUCACGGCGGAUGAGCUCACAGUUGCGAAUGGGUGUACGCCCAUCUUUAACAUGCUUGGAAUAGUGUUGGGAGACCCGGGAGAUGGCAUCAUGCUGUCGAUGCCAAGUUAUAUCGCCUUUCCCAUGGACUUUGGCCUUCUCGCAAAAAUGAAGGCCGUCUUCGUUCCAUUCCACGAUACCGAUCAAUUCUCACCCUUGGUUGUGUCUAAGUAUGAAGAAGCCCGUCGCAAGGCCGAAGAUUCUGGAACUCGCAUUCGCGUUCUUCUGCUCUGCAAUCCACACAACCCAUUGGGGCUAUGCUACACAAAAGACACACUAAUCGCGCUCAUGGAGUUCUGCAAUGAACACAAGAUCCAUAUCAUAGCAGAUGAAAUCUACGCGAUGUCGGUUUACGAGGUGCCGGAGUCUACUGCGGUGCCUUUUACUUCAGUGCUGUCUUUCGACUACACUCAAUACAUCAAUCCUAAUUAUCUCCACUUCGUUUACGGAAUGUCAAAGGACUUUGCCUGUGGCGGCCUGCGAAUGGGUGUCCUAUGGUCCCAAAACAAAGACCUCGUCCGAGCAACAAGCUGUAUAAACCAAUUCCACUGGUCGGGCCAAAUCGACGAACGCGUCGCCGUCACCAUCCUCGAAGACUCAGACUGGCUCGAUACUUUUCUUAAAACCUCACAGCAGCGACUCGCAGCAGGAAACAAGCUGGCGCGACAGCUGAUGGAUGAAGCGGGGAUCAAGUACUCUGCAGGCUCGAAUGCAGGGUUCUUCUUUUGGAUUGAUUUGAGUUCGUGGUUGAGGGAGCAGGAUGGGAAGGACGGGUGGGAGAGGGAGGAGAAGCUACUGGGAAGGAUGUUGGGGAACAAGGUGUUCUUGACGAAUGGCAAGGCGCAGGCGAGCGAGAAGCCUGGGUUCUUUAGGUUGGUGUUUAGUCAUGAGGAGGUGGUGUUCAGGGAGGGGUUUAAGAGGCUUGUGAGGACCUUGAAAGAGGCAUAGAAGAGUAUUGAUAUAAAUAGGGAUGUAAGUCGUCGAUGAU